AAUUUGGUAAUGGUGCUUUGGAAAACAAACAUGAAUUAGUGCCACAUUGUUUAUUACGGUAUGUUAUUUCCCUGUUUGCAACUUUAUAAUGUAACACAAUAGAGGUACAGUAUUGGAUGAUGAUGAGUUGGUCAGGAUGUCUGUAGUAUUAUAAAGUUAACACAUUCAUUCCACAUCCUACUCCAUAUUACAAGGCAGGUCAAGUGACUAAAAUAAUAUUUAUGCCACUAUGUAUUUGCAUGCUGUGCCAUCUUUCUAAAAAGAUCACGACUACUAGUCAACAUAAAUGUUUAUUUUGCAAAAAAUAUUUUAGGGGGUUUAGGAGGUAAGAUACCAUUCAUGGACCACAAAAUUCACAGUUCAAAUCUGACCGACAACCUUUGUUUGUAUCCCUUUCCUUAAAACUAUUACUAUAAACUAUUAAAUAAAAGGCAUAAAAAAGGUCCAGAAAUACUUAAAGCUGAUUUUAUAACAUUUAUAUAGUAUGCCAUUGAGAAUGACCGAAAAAAGGGGAGAACUCUAGCUGUGGCUGUAGCUACCAUUUAAGGAUAGGUUCAUGUUUUUCAAAACUGGUCAGUUGCCCAAGGUCUGUAGAUUUAGUCUCCCAUCACUUCCAUUGUCAGUACCUUAGGAAGAGAUCUUUCAAUGGGCAGUAUGAACAGGAGGACUAAUCACAGCGAGCUAAACCUGUUUCAGUGUACAUAUGGGCGCCUUACUGUUCUCAAAGACAAACAUGAAAAAUGUGGCCGUAUCCUUUAAGGAUGACAUGUCCUCGGUAUUGUUUAUGGGUAUUUGGUGGAUGUAACAAUCUAAGAAUUAGUUUAUAUUCUACAAUUUGACUGUUUUUAAAAAGGGCAAAAAUUAAACCAGCAUUAACUGAUUUUGGGCCACUCAGGGGCAGCAAAAACAUUGAUAUAAAAAUAUUGAUUAUACAGUAGUCCCUUUAAAUACAUUAAAAUAAGACUAGGAAAAGGAAUUUAGUUUUCCUUAUUAUAAUAUUCCUGACAGUGUGGAGACGGCUUUGAAAUACCAUUAAGAUCAUGUGGAUGACAAAUUAUAUAUUUAAACAGUCUAAACAAUAUUCUCUUUUGGUAGUCAGUUAAAUAUAUCUUAAGGAACAUUGAAGUGGGGGUAAUUGGACUUUGGAUUUCUAAAAUCCUGUCUCCAAUCCUGGAAAUAAUGUUUUACCAUUUACAGGAGAUUGGGAAACCUUUAUUUUGUUAAGAGUGAUAUGCAAAAAGGCAUAAAAGCAUCCAAUUGUUCUGCAUGCAAAUAAAGCACAUACCUGUGGUUGUUACCUGAGAGUUAUAUAGUCUAGCCCCUCCUCUCAGUGAGAACUGUAAGGUGAGUCACUGGAAACUCAGACCGCUUUGUUAUUUACCUUGACAGCAGCUCUUUUCCAAGGAAUAGAAAUGAAAUAGGCGCCUCUGUGCAGGUUGUUUACAGCCUCAGUGGACUACUUUACCUGCAGCAAAUGACACACAAUGGAAAUUGAAGGAAAUGCUUCUCAACCUCUUAAAUGUAAUAAUGGCAGUGAAAGCAGGAUUGACCCCUAUGGCUUUGAGAGACGUCAUGAUUUUGAAUCCUACAAGGAGAUGAUGAAUGAGUAUGUAGCUGUCCUCAACAGAAGGUCGAUGAGAUGGUCCAAGCUCCUUCAAGAGAAACCACAUGUGGAGAAGAACUUGACAGUGAAAAGGUAUGUGCGUAAAGGUGUGCCUAACGAGCACCGUGCCAGGAUUUGGAUGGCAGCCAGUGGCGGACAGGAACGACUGGAGAGCAACCCGGGUUAUUACCAGUCUCUGCUAGCCAUGGAGCAUGACACCAAGUUGAAGGAAACCAUCCAUACAGACAUGCAUAGGACCUUUCCUGACAACGUCCUCUUCCAGAACAAAGCAGAACCGAGCCUGCAGAGGGCUCUGUACAAUGUGCUGCUUGCCUACGGACAACAUAAUAAGGAAGUUGGGUACUGUCAGGGCAUGAACUUUAUUGCAGGCUACCUCAUGAUCAUCACCAAAGAUGAAGAGAACUCCUUCUGGCUCAUGGAUGCAUUGUUGGGCAGAAUGCUCCCAGACUUCUACAGUCCAGCCAUGAUGGGCCUGAAGACUGACCAGGAGGUUCUCGGGGAGCUGGUGAAGGCUAAAGCUCCUGCAGUAGGGCAGCUCAUGGCCCAGUAUCCUGGCAUAUGGACACUGGUGGUGUCACGCUGGUUCAUCUGCCUCUACAUUGACAUACUCCCAAUUGAGACAGUUCUGCGGGUCUGGGAUUGUCUUUUCUACGAGGGAUCCAAAGUUCUUUUCCGUGUUGCCCUGACUCUCAUCAUUCACCACCAGCCGGAGAUCCUGCGAGCUCGCUCUUUGACUGAUGUGUGCGAGUGCUUUAAGCAAAUUGCCUGUGGAGCUUUUACUCUGGACUGCCACACCUUCAUGCAGAAAAUCUUCACAGAACCUGGGAGCCUGUCGAUGGCAACUAUUGAUAAACUCAGAGAGAAAUGCAGACAGCGAAUACUGGAGGAAGAAUCUGGACGGCCAUAAAGUUUUGGUUCCACCAUUUAUGCCCGUUUAAAUGGAUUUCUAAAACUAACAGCUUUAAUUCAGUGUAAAAGAAUAACACUGGAACAAAUAACUAUUACCGAAUGGACUUCUGGUGGCUUUUUGUUUUGCUUCUGUUAUUAGUUAUAUAAGUUACUAUAAAGGAUCUAGAUGUUUUAGAACCUUG